AUGGAUGCUAUGGAGCUGGAAAAGGAAAAUUCAUGUUUGGGAGAUACCCAAUCGGAGAACUUGGGUGAAACUGAUGUUAUUCUGCUCAGCUUAAAACAGAGCAUUGAGGAAUCUCUGCAAAAGGAUGAUGUGCAAGUGAUUGUCAUAAUAGGGUCAUACCGAAAGCUCUCAGCAGAAUUCAAUGUGACGUCUUUUAGCGGAAUUUGA